ACCUCGCUGGCUAAGGCCUGGGGUGCUCUUGGUUGCUUGAAGCCGCCUGUGGCAGGGAGAUUCCCCUGCAGGGGUGGCGUCGCGAUGGAGCGCGUGGCCUCAGUCUGGCACCGGCGAAUGUCCUUGAUCUAUCUUAUCGGGGCUUGGACCACGGCGGGCUCCAUUUUAUACUCAAGCUGGAAGAGAAAGCAGGCGUUAGACAAAGAAGAGCCACUUAAAGAUGAAGACUCUGUUGAGAAGCCUGAACCCAGAAGAGGAUUUUAUGUGGAAACUAUUGUGACAUAUAAAGAAAAUUUUGUACCUUUUAGUACUAGACUCUACAACUACUGGAAAUCAUGGAAUAAUGGUCCUGGUCCAUCAGAAUGACUAAUUUCUAAUGCUUAAAUCAGGAUUUUGGCAUAAUGUGUAAAUUUGAUGGAAGAAUUGACUUAAAGUCAAAUUUAAAACUAUGUGAAUUAUAUAAUUAUAUUUCUAAUUUUACUGUGAUAAUGUACAAUAAAUACUUUUGUAACGAUUGGAAUGAUGC